AGCUGUGAUGAAUGUGGACAAAGAUUUAGUCUAAAGACAACCUUAAACCAACACAUGAGAAUCCACACAGGAGAGAAACCAUUCAGCUGUGAUGAAUGUGGACAAAGAUUUAGUCAAAAGGUGAGCUUAAACGAACACAUGAGAAUCCACACAGGAGAGAGACCAUUCAGCUGUGAUGAAUGUGGACAAAGAUUUAGUCGAAAGACAAACCUAAACAAACACAUGAGAAUCCACACAGGAGAGAAACCAUUCAGCUGUGAUGAAUGUGGACAAAGAUUUAGUCAAAAGGUGAGCUUAAACGAACACAUGAGAAUCCACACAGGAGAGAAACCAUUCAGCUGUGAUGAAUGUGGACAUAGAUUUAGUCGAAAGACCAACUUAAACAAACACAUGAGAAUCCACACAGGAGACAAACCAUUCAGCUGUGAUGAAUGUGGACAUAGAUUUAGUCGAAAGACAACCUUAAACCGACACAUGAAAAUCCACACAGGAGAGAAACCAUUCAGCUGUGAUGAAUGUGGACAUAGAUUUGGUCAAAAGGUGAGCUUAAACAUACACAAGAGGAUCCACACAGGAGAGAAACCAUUCAGCUGUGAUGAAUGUGGACAUAGAUUUGGUCAAAAGGUGAGCUUAACCCAACACAUGAGAAUCCACACAGGAGAGAAACCAUUCAGCUGUCAUGAAUGUGGACAUAGAUGUAGUCUAAAGGCCAACUUAACCAAACACAUGAGAAUCCACACAGGAAACGGACCAUUUCACUGUGGUGAAUGUGGGCAAAGAUUUCGUCAACAAAUGCUCUUAAAUCAGCACAUGAGAAUCCACUGAGCAAGAACACUAUCCUUGUGAGGUUUGUGCUAAAUUAUUUAGGUGGCACCACUCUUUAAAGCGACAUAUGCGUCGCCACAUAUAAUAGAAGUGGAACAGUUUAAGGAUUUUGCUGCAAAUCUGUAUGUAAAUUGUUGUAAAUAUUUUUAUAAACAUUCUUAUUCAUUUACUCAUUUAUAAACAUUCUUAUUUAUUUACUCAUUUACA